AUGAUUGACUCUAAAUCUGCCAAAAUUUCAGAGGUGCAGUUCAGCACUAGUGUUGUAAGUACGCCCUCAUCAGACACAACUAACCUAGUUCACAGAUUCAAGAACUCUUUCAAACGAAAGGACGCAUCAGUAAUUCAAGAUGGUCUGCUGUAUUCUGAGCUUUCGGAGGAAGAAAAAGUACAGUGGGACUUAGCCAAUCAGCCUUAUAAAAAGGUUCUAGAUCAAAGACACUUAACAAUGAUAGCUAUCGGAGGUACCCUGGGGACAGGACUUUUUAUUGGAUUAGGGGAAUCGCUAGCAUCCGGCCCUGGUUCUUUGCUUAUUGGGUUCUUGCUGGUGGGAGCAUCGAUGCUUUGCGUUGUUCAAUGUGGAGCUGAACUUUCAUGCCAGUAUCCUGUCUCUGGAUCUUAUGCUCUACACGCGAGUAGGUUCAUAGACCCGUCUGCGGGUUUCAGUGUUGGAAUUAAUUAUUUGUUGAUGUGGCUUAUAUCUUUCCCCAGUGAGUUAGUUGGAUGUUCACUUACCAUGUCUUAUUGGGCUCCCUCCGUCAACCCUGCGGUAUGGGUUGCCAUCGCUUUUACCUUGAGCAUGUUAUUGAACCUUUUUGGAGCAAGGGGAUUCGCAGAAUCAGAGUUCUACAUGUCGAUCUUCAAAAUUGUUGCACUUUUCAUCUUUAUAAUCAUUGGGAUUAUUUUAAUUGCAGGUGGUGGCCCUGAAUCAACUGGCUAUAUCGGUACGAAAUACUGGCACGACCCAGGUUCUUUUGCUCCUCCGGCUUUUAAAAAUUUCUGUAAUACUUUCGUUUCUGCAGCAUACUCAUUUAGUGGUACCGAGAUGGUUGUUCUAACUAGUGCUGAGGCCAGAAAUGUUUCGUCGGUGUCUCGGGCUGCUAAGGGUACCUUCUGGAGAAUUGCGGUCUUUUACAUCGUUACUGUGAUUAUUAUUGGUUGUCUGGUCCCUUAUAAUGAUCCUCGUUUGAUUAAUGGUUCUUCAAGUGAGGAUAUUACUGCUUCUCCCUUUGUGAUUGCUUUAAGUAACACCGGUGCCAUGGGGACAAGAGUGUCACAGUUUAUGAAUGCGGUCAUCCUAAUAGCUGUGUUUUCCGUUUGUAACUCCUGUGUCUAUGCCUCUUCUAGGCUUAUUCAAGGUCUUGCUACAGCAGGUCAGCUUCCAAAGAUUUGCGGCUAUAUGGACAGAAAUGGUAGGCCUUUAGUUGGUAUGGCGAUAUGUGGUGCUUUUGGACUUUUAGGCUUUUUGGUUGUUUCUAAAGACCAGGGUACUGUUUUUACCUGGUUGUUUGCGUUGUGUUCUAUUUCCUUUUUUACAACUUGGUUCUGUAUCUGCUUUUGUCAAAUCAGAUUCAGGAUGGCUAUGAAAGCCCAAGGAAAAUCGGAUGAUGACAUUAUUUACAAGUCACCAUUAGGAAUCUGUGGAGGAGUUGUCGGAUGUACUUUAAACGUGUUGCUAGUUAUCGGGGAAAUAUACGUAUCAGCUGCGCCGGUAGGCAUGCCUAGCUCUGCCGCUAAUUUCUUUGAAUAUUGUAUGAGUAUUCCAAUAAUGAUUGCUGUCUACAUCGGACACAGGAUUUACCGCAAAGAUUGGAGGCACUGGUACAUUAAGCGGGAAGAUAUCGACCUUGACAGCGGACAUUCCAUGGAGGAUUUGGAAGCCACCAAACUGAGAAGGGAUCUAGAGAAGGAAUAUGUUGCUUCCAGACCAUUUUACUACAGGAUUUACAGAUUUUUCUGCUAA